GUCGAGCCGCACAUGCCCAUCCACGAAGAAGCUGCAAAAAGACCGGCUUUUCAUUCAUGACAACCUAACUAAGGAAUUCUUCAUCGCUGUGACUCUUCAAUCAGAAAAAAUAUUUGAUUAACACUACGGUGCCAAUAUUUCACUUAACCCUGAAGAAUGGACGAACAAGAGAUAGAGGGGAGGCUGUACAAUCUUCAAGAUCCUAAAAUCGUGCCAGAUUCUAUUUUCGAUAAUUAUGCAGCAGUCGGCAAAAAUAAUAUUCCCAUAGUCAUCGACAAUGGAAGCUACCAAUGCCGAGUUGGAUGGGCAUCAGAAAACCACCCUGAGCCCACCAUGGUUUUUAAAAAUUUGAUAGCAAAGCCGCGCAAAGAAAGAGGGAAAAAGGAGGGUGACAUUCAAAUAGGAAACAGUAUAACAAACAUAGAGGCUGUCCGGUUGCAACUACGGUCGCAGUUCGACAGAGACGUUGUUGUUCACUUUGAAGCGCAAGAGCAGGUGUUCGACCACAUUUUUAGUCACCUCGGGAUCGAGUCUGAGGGCAAGAUCAAUCACCCAAUCGUCCUGACGGAGAGUUUCCUCAAUCCCAACCACUCAAGAAACCUAAUGUCCGAGCUGCUAUUUGAGUGUUACGGUGUUCCAAGCGUUUCAUAUGGGGUUGACGCUCUCUUCAGUUGGUGCCAAGAAUCGCCUGGUUACACCUCAAGAGACUCGUUGGUGAUCAGACUUGGUCAGCACUGCACUCACGUACUGCCAGUUCUGAAUGGCUCGGUUGUAGCGGAGCACUCUAGAAGGAUUAACCUGGGAGGCAUUCACAUCACCAGUUUCUUCCACCGACUUAUGCAAUUGAAGAAUCCUUUGUUAGCUCCAGCCAUCAGUCUCAGCAGAGCGGAGGAAAUUCUGUUCAACCACUGCCGCAUUUCUGACACUUUUUAUGAUGAUCUGGCCAGGUGGGAAGCGGUUGAUUACCAGAAAAAGAACGUGAUGAUCAUUCAGCUGCCCUUCACCGCUGCUCCAGUACCUACGACAGCAUCUUUGCUCAGUCUGGAACAGCAGCAGCAACGACGCAGAGAUCUGGCCAAGCGCCUUGCUGAUAUGAACGCCAGGAAACGAGAAGAGCGUUUGGCUGAGGAUGAAGAAACGCUAAGCCGCAUGUUAAGCAUUCAGGAAAUGUGGGAUGAUGGCGACAACAACGAUCUACAGCAGGCUCUGGAGGAGUUUGACUUGAGCAAUCGUCAAGAGCUGAACAAGGCUAUCAGCAAUUUGAAAGCCAGGAUCAAGAAGACCAAGAGCAAAAUCCUAGCGGUGAUGAACACAACCAUGGAAGAUACUCAGGAAACGCCGUCGGCAAAAAAUGAGGUGAAAACGUCCAAGCUGCUGCAGGAGCUGCCCAUGCCGAACGACGCCAACGACAUGGGCAACUGGAUAGCUGAGCUAAAGCAGAAGAGACAGAGUUUGCUGGAGAAGAGGGUGGCGCGGCGGCAAAAGAAGCAGGACAUGGCGAAACGCAGGACAGUCGCUGCGCAGGAGAGAAUGCGCAUAAUAAGCCAACUUGCCAAGAAGGACAAGCGAGAGGACAAUUUUGGCAUGAAAGAUGAAGACUGGGACGUCUACAAGGCUAUACAAAAGGAUGGAGGAGACUCGGACAGUGAAGAAGAGAGCGAGCGUCUUGCGGAGUUGGAGGAAAUCCUUGGCCGGUACGCGCCAGAGCUGAAUAUGGCGCAGGAGCAGCAGCUGAUGCCCCUCUUCACAUGCAUACCAGAAAAAUACCAAUUCGCACUGGGGACCGAGCUUAUCAGGGUGCCUGAACUGUUGUUCCAGCCAUCAAUGUUAGGCCACGAACAGGGUGGGAUCGCCGAAACUAUCGAGUAUGUGCUCAAGAAGUUCUCGCAAGACGAACAACACCGUUUAGUCAAUGACAUUUACAUCACAGGUGGCUCGUCAAAAUUUCCUGGCCUGCUCCCAAGGUUGCACAAAGAGGUGAUGGAAAUGAGACCUUUCCACUCUAAAUUCAACAUUAGGCGGUCAAGUUGCCCUUCGUUAAGUGCUUGGUAUGGAGCCAGAGAGUUAGCACUCAACCCUGAGUGGCUGCGCGCCUCGAGUAUUACUAAGAGCAUGUAUGAUGAAUUUGGAGGAGAGUACCUGGCCACCCACUCCGCCUCCAAUCCCUACUGGCAAAAUGUCGCCCUCGCGAUGGACUGUUCGCAGCAAGAAGUUGUUGAAGAAAUGUUUUGAGAUUUAGUGAACGGCUUUAACUGUAAAUCUUUUAAUGGAAUAACGUGACAGUGUAACUGAUUACAUAGGUAUUAAAAUUUUAUUGAAA